ACGUCUCCCCCCGUUCUCUCUUUCUUGUAUCUAGUGUGGAAUAGAGGAGUCAAGACGGAUCAUCGCCUUGUAUGACAUUGUGUGUGUGGUUAACGCUUAGAACUGAUAAAGAUCUACAAGCUUCAUUAACAUAUUUUUUGAAUUUUCAAUUUGAGAAAUUUGAUAAAAUAGAAAUAAAGAUGAGGCGUCUAUAUAUAAAUGGCAAUCGAGAGCGUGGACAGGCAUAUGUUUCUGUAUCGCAUACGGCCAGUCUCUCAUUGUAAUGUACUCAAAGUGUUCAUAAUUUAAUUGGUGCAUAGAGUUAAGACACAUUUAGUUAACAUGGAAAUAUACCUUACAAUAACUAGUGGGAAUAAAAGAUAGGGGAAUAUACGAUACUAGUAUGGUGGACAGUGCAAUCUGGUUCGUGGUUUGGUCAAUUGUUAUUUGUAACGUGAGAUCAGAGAAAGCUACAGUAACAUGCUCAUUAAGCGGAAACAACAACCAGAAUCUGAAGAUGUCGUUAAGUAUAGUUAAGGAAAAUGACAUCAUGUCUCUGAUAUCUGUAUACACGGCGCGGGAGAACGACCCAACCUUAAGUAGUCCAAUCAGUGACGUAGGUUGUCAGAUGACCGGAAAUGGUGAACUGGCCACGCCCUUCUUCAUGUCAGUGACUUUUGACGCCACCUCAGACAGAUAUCCGUGUGGAAUUGUAGUUACCAAUAUUAAUGAGUACAGACUUCGAGUGCGAUCAUUCGAGCACCCGGGGGUAAAAUCGACAAAUGAUGCUUUCUUUGAUGCUGUAUGUGAUAGAUCUGCUGGUAGUCAAACCAAUGUUGUUCUGCCGAGGCCUGCAUUUUUGCCCGCAGAAAAAGAUUUAUUAAGAUUUGAACUGUUCAAUGAUAAGAACCAGCCAGUCACCAUAGUUAAUCUUGGAGACAGCGUUCACUUCAAGGCGGAAUACUACUACAACAAUGAGUAUCGUGUGGGAACUUGUGGCUACGAUUUUUGGUUUGCUCUUCCUCAAGACUCCAACCCCGAUACUACGUUCACACACUAUCUGAUACUUAGUCAUCGUCAAAAACAACUUGUAAAUACAACACUGUUAUAUUCUGAUGGCAGCGAAGAGUUAAUGAACUUUGUUGAAGACUUUGGCUUUAAAGCAGCAAUACUGAGUUUAGAACCACAUAGGGGUUCAGAACGAGUGACCAAUAAAUCUAUCCAUAUAAUAUCCACUCAUCAAGUCUGUAUCUACUCAUUUAAUUAUCUAUCCUCUCAGAGUUCAACACUUUUCUCCCUAUUUCCAACAAGUUCUUUGGGAAGAGACUACGUCAUAAAUAAACUGUUUAAGGAUAAUACAGUUGUGAUUCUCGCUACGGACAGCAACACUGAUAUAUCACUAGAAGGUGACGUCGCUAAGAUUGACAAGCCGUCCUCUCUGAGCUCGCUUGAGCCGUUUGAAUCCCUGCAGGUACUCGCCAAAGACACUGUAACAAAGCUAAGAAUCGUCUCCACAAAACCUAUAGCUGUCUUUGUGGGAUCCAAAAGUACCACGGAUAGCAUUGACGGGUACGCAGAACAAAUAUCAGACACUACAAAGAUGGGAAAUAAAUUUGUGUUCCCUCCUACUUCUGGGGAAAUUGUCUGUACCUCUUUGACUCCAAGUACUGUGAUAAAUUAUGUUUGCAAUGACGGUUCCACAGUAGAAAAUACUAUAUCGCAGUAUGAAAGUGCGACAUUUACUUCGUCCAGUGCGCACCACUGUUUAGUAGAAUCCAGUGCGCCACUUUCGUGUGGACAAUAUUUUAAGACAGCAUCAGCGGGUACCGUGAAGGGAUAUACCUCCAUGAUACCUUUCUCUCAGUGGUCUACACAUUAUAGCUUCGGAACAUUUGUUAAUAAAGAGUACGACAUUCUGAUUGUGAUUGAAGAUGGUUUUCAACAUGAUUUGGAAAUAUUUGGAUACCUUGCUGGAGUGGUAAAUGGAUCCACAUUGUCGUGGUCAAGUGUUCUCCGACAUUCAGGAAAAACUUACAUGGGACUCACUUUUCCUAUUAAGAAAAUGUUUGGACCACGAAUACAGGUUUCUCACCCCAGUAAAUCAUUCCUGGUUCUUCUAAGGGACAAUCGUGAGAUCUCCGUCACCAUACCCCCCAAAACAUUCAUGGACAAUGUGUCGAGCUGCAGUAAUACGCUGGGCUUCAGCGGAGACCGUGUUGAUAGUGACUGUGACGGAAGUGUAGAUGAAGACACAGCUUUGACGUCAGGGUCCAAGACGUACGACUUAAAGGCUUAUCCAGAAGGUACAAAGGCUGCAGGGGAAAUUCGUUUCACGAACUGCAUUGCUAAAUCCAAUGCUUUUUGGAAUGAUGGUGGACCCACGUUUAUCUUUAUUGACCAGAAUGGAUGCAUGGUGGGGUCAGAAAGCAAUAUUUUCCCCAUAAACUCAACAUUUUCUGAAGUGACUACAAGUAAGUUGGAUUAUCCAAGACUAUUUUCAUCUGGAUACUUGGAGAGCGCACGAUUUUCCGGAAGUAGUGAUGUUUACUUCCGGUGUCAGGUCCUUCUCUGUUACGACUACUCCGGGGAAUGUUUUAAGGAUGCCUGUAAAGUUGGCGCCGGGUAUAUUGGGGAUAAACACGACAGAAUGUAUGUUGAUCUCAAGGUCAAAGUUUUAUACAGCACUGAAAAACCACUCCACAGUAGACGGAAGGCUACAGAUAGCAGUAGUUCGGAGUCCAGCCUGGAUACGUUUGUGAUAAUCUGUAUCUCUUCCUUCAUCCCUCUUAUAUUGUCCCUGACUGUCACGCUGGUGCUCUACCGGAAACUGACUUUUCUGAUAGAGGAGACAAUGACACCACCGGCCAUAUUCAAACAGGAAGCCAAUAACCUCAACAGGCUGUGAACAGAAGUCGGCGUCCGUCCUCGGCCAGCGAUAGGAGACUCUACACCCCAACACCGUCAGAGAAAGAGAAGUAAACCGAGUUAGCCCACUCAGGUCAUCAACAUGGAGGCAUCAUUAAAGAGAAAGUAUCUGAGUGCGUUCCCAAAAGCGAUUCAAUGCUUGCAUACAAGAUUUCCUCGCUCUUUACUUUUGUACAUAAUUUGAAAACUGGUUGUGGUUUUUAUAGCAAUCUAUGAAAAUUAUUUGCAGCACUUGACUCCAGAAUAACUUCCGGUUCCGUUUGUUAUUACUGUUUUAUUUUGAUUUUUAAAUCCAAGGCAACUACUAUUUAUUUGUGUGUGUUAUUUUGUUGUUUGUUUGAUGCUGUUCAAGAUUAAUUAAAAUAAUUUUAAUGUAA